GAGAUAUCACGCGCCCUGGCUUCCUCGCGGUCUCCUGUGUUCCAGCGAUCCACGAAGAAAAGAACGCCAUUCCGGUGCACUGGAGAAGGAGAGACCACACCAAGCAGAAGCCACUCAGGUAGUACAGCACGCGCAUGACGGACAGCGAGUGGGAUACAUCCGACGUCGACCAGUCGGCCCUCGAAGUGUCGACCCUGACCGGUUCUUCGAACGGUGAGGAAAGUGAAACGGACUCAAGCGUCACAGUCGUCGCAGUUGUGUGCUGCGUGCUGGCGUGCAUCAUCGCCAUAGCCAUCGUGCUAUUCCUAUUGGGAAGGCUGGACGACUAUGACUCAGGUGACGACGAUGACAUGGAACAUACGACAAGAUACCUUCCCGCUGGUCGUUCCGCGCCACGGCCAGUGGUGACUGAUCGCCCCACAACGAAAGCGCCACCAUCGCCACCGGUGACAGCUCGCACUACACGGACCAGGUCACCCCCUACAACGACAAGACCGGUAACAACGAGGCCGUCCCCUAUUACACGUACUAAGCCUACUACUACACCCGUCACCACGACUACGGUGAAAAGAGCGACUCCGCGACGUCCGCCACCUAAACGCCCUCCACCUCCUUCUCUGCCUCCUGCGACAACUAAACGCCAUCCACCACCUCGUCCGACAACUAAACGCCCCCCACCACCUCCUCCUCCGCCCCAUCCGACAACUAGACGCCCUCCGCCACCUUCUCCUACAACUAAACGUCCUCCACCACCUCCUCCUCCGCCUCCUCCAACAACUAGACGCCCUCCGCCACCUUCUCCGACAACUAAACGUCCUCCACCACCUACAACAACUAAACGCCCUCCACCGCCACCUCCGCCUCCUCCGACAACAAGACGCCCUCCGCCACCUUCUCCGACAACUAAACGUCCUCCACCACCUACAACAACUAAACGCCCUCCACCGCCACCUCCGCCUCCUCCGACAACAAGACGCCCUCCGCCACCUUCUCCGACAACUAAACGUCCUCCACCACCUCCUCCUCCGCCUCCUCCAACAACUAGACGCCCUCCGCCACCUUCUCCGACAACUAAACGUCCUCCACCACCUACAACAACUAAACGCCCUCCACCGCCACCUCCGCCUCCUCCGACAACUAAACGCCACCGACCACCUCCUCCUCCGCCUCCUCCAACAACUAGACGCCCUCCGCCACCUUCUCCGACAACUAAACGUCCUCCACCACCUACAACAACUAAACGCCCUCCACCGCCACCUCCGCCUCCUCCGACAACUAAACGCCACCGACCACCUCCUCCUCCGCCUCCUCCGACAACUAGACGCCCUCCGCCACCUUCUCCGACAACUAAACGUCCUCCACCACCUACAACAACUAAACGCCCUCCACCGCCACCUCCGCCUCCUCCGACAACUAAACGCCACCCACCACCUCCUCCUCCGCCUCCUCCGACUCCUCCACCACCUACAACAACUUAUUGCCCUCACCCGCCACUUCCGCCACCUCCUCCUCCUCCGCCAUCUCGUUCUACUCGGCCUACUGCGCGACCUCCACUCUCAAAGUCAUUCAUGAAACCUAUGUCGCUUCUAUGCACCUACGGUAACGAAACAGGCCGUCGCACUCCCUUUCCGCCGGAAGGUCUGUGCGACUAUAUCUUCUACGACUCGAUGUACAAAAAUAAUCGUAACCGGAAUUUCGGACUGUUGGACAAUGACGUGGCUACUAUCAUUAAUAGAGCAGAGAAAUCCGAUCUCACCAAGACGCAGUACGGGUUGGGCUUCGCCUUCUCACAUCGCAACGAAUUCAUCCAAGUGCUGAAGACAAUGAACCGGAAACGUUCAUGGUGGCGAAAGAUCUUUCACUUCGGCAUAAUCGACUGUCCCACGCACGGCGUGACUAUUGCCCAAAUGGACGAGGUGUUCGUGGCACUGAAGGCGCUCAAAGACAUCACCACAAGGGCGUUAAACACCUCGUACAUCGUCCUGGCUGCGCUGUCCGCCACUAGCCAGUGGAACGACUACUUCAAAGUCAAGUUCAAGAACACCUUCAAGCCGGACCUGUUCAUCUCGCUGGGCCACCAGCUGCGCGCCGAUCCAGAGAAGAGCCAGUGCAUCGCCACGCCACCAGCCAUACUGCAGAAGCCGACGGGGUUUCCGGAGGAACACGACUUGCACGACGCCGCGCGAGCCAUGGCGGCCAUCGCUUCGGAGGCCGACAGCCCACGGAUCUCCAUCUCUCUCUCGAUGAAGGGUCGUUGGUCCACGCUGAAGCCGAACGCCAAGGUCGAGCUCUUCGCGCCCUGCGUCCCUAUCGGCGACUGGCCCUACUACAGCAACUACGACUCGGUGUGCACUACUAAGCGCUACGCGAAAGGCCUGUGUUACGACGUGCAGCACUACGCCAUGCGCACCUACAACAACGUGUCGCGGCGCAUGUUCGUGUACGACAACGAGCAGAGCCUGUGUAAGAAGCUCUGCCUCGUCAAGGCCAAGUACAGCAAGGUGGACUUCGGCGUGGCCAUCUACGACCUGGACUACGACGACACCCGCAACACCUGCUCGAAGCUCAACACUCGGGGAGCCUACAGCCGCGCCAAGGUGGUGAGCACUGUGCAGAGGUAUUUAGAGAGCGAGUUCACCGAUCCGUCCAAGGAGGCCGAGUGUUCCCAGCUGUGGCGAUGAGCCGUUUGAGACCGUGACUGAACUGUUUAAUGGCCGACGCUGGCGUGCCGGUUAUUGAACAGCUUACUCAUCUUGGUCGGGGUUUUUCAUCUUGGUCGGGGUUUUCGUAUCGCGACGUUUUCGCGGGAACUUGUAUGCAUUUUUGUGUGGCUUUUCCUUCUCUUUUUUUUCAUUUUCCCGUGUGUUCUGUGCAAGAAAUAUAAAGAGAUCUUAACAGUAAAGGGCCUGUUUUCA